AUGCUUCCACCAAUAAACUUACCACCGAUACAAGGCAGCGACAGGCCGCAUCUUCCACCCAUAAGCGGUAACCAGCAGUCCAGGGAUCUCCCAAUGCCAUUCCCUGCUCAAAACAACAAGAUGGGUGUACAAGCUAUUCUCUCCGAAUCGUCAUAUCAACCUCCACAGACGUAUCCGUACUCUCAGUCUCCUAAAUAUUUCCAGAAUGAGCCUAAUUACUCUCCUAACUACCCUCAAAGACCACUCCCAGCGAGUCAUGCCCAGUCACCUGUUCCGUGGUCUUCUGGCGCAAUUUCCAAUCAGCCACUGCCACCACAAUCACAGUCUCCUGUCUAUUCUAACCAAUCUAACCCUCCUCCGCCUUUUCCACAUACUCAGCCGUCGUUGUUUCAACAACCCCAAUAUGAUGCCGCACAAGCUCAACAAUUCACUGCACCACGCUCUCGACCUGAGUACGGCAGUAUGGAUGAAGUCGUCGCUCGUCAGCAAGCUCAUAUUUCUCGGUCGCAGACCACUGACAGUCUUUCGCGCUCAACUACAUCCAAACGCAAGCGUGAUCAAGCACCGGCAUUACAAGGAGAAGAGCCACUCUAUCAAGAUCCAACUCAUAAUUACAAUCAACAAUUCUCUCAAGAAACAGCCCAAGAAGAAGAUGAAGAUGUUGAGUAUCAACCACAAAGACAGAGACAGGUUCUCGAAGAGCGAGAGCGCCUGCCGUCUAAAGUCAAAAACGCACACGAUCGUGAGCGUGAAGCCCUCUUUGUGUAUAAGGACUUAGACGUUUAUGACGCUCAAGGUUCACUAAAGGUUGCUUCGGAUGGCGUACAUGAUGUCUUAUCAAAAACUCCGCGUUUUUCUAUAGGCCGUCACGUCUAUCAACCUGCUGAACUUGUAGAUUUCUACCCACACCAAAUUGGUGGUGUUUUUGAAAUGUACGUACCGGGUGCUUGGUUGGGUGACAAUUGGGCAGUACGAGAGCUCCUACCACAAAAGAAUGGAGACACUGUAGAACUAGCACCAAAAGUACGACAUGUUAGAGGCAAGACUAAUGGAUUAGCUCUGACGGAUUUGGAUGCAUUGGAUGAACGUCGUAUUUGGGGUACGGAUGUGUAUACAGACGACUCUGAUCCUAUUGCAAUAGCAGUGCAUCUCGGCUGGCUGUUUGAUGCAAGUGACAAGUCGUAUGAUAGAAGGUCGCUGGUGGGAGCCGGCAGACCUGCAGAGGGAGAAAAAGUCGAUGAUAUUAUUGAAGAUGCAGACCUCGUCUUGGUCUUUAGAGUCGCUCCUAGACUAGUCGCCUAUCAUUCUUCAAUGCGUCACAGACUGUGGUCUCGAGGCUGGGGAAAUCAGCACGAUGGAUUUAGUUUGGUCUUAGAGGAAUGCAAGCUCAUACCGAAAGAUAAGACUAAUGUGAUUAGACCGUCAAAGCAACUCCGUAAAGCUAGAAUUGCGCUCAUCGCUCAAGCGAGAAAGGCUAUUAUAGACUCACCAAGUGUUCAAGUUAAGGAGAAUGAUGUUGAUGCUGAAGCUGCCGAUGAGAAUGAUGUGUGGAAACUAUUGUCAGAAGAUCAGAAAAGGCCUGAAAAGAACAAAUUCAAUAAAAACACAAAAAUGAUCAGGAGAGGUGAUCGGAGAUUCAAGCGUGUGCAAAAGGAGGAGAGUGAGAUUGAGCUCGAGACCCAACUUGCCAUUCAACAAGAGAAAGAGCAGAAGAGACUGAAAGAAGAUGAGAAAAAAAAGGAUGAAGAUGAGAAAAAGAAGGAGGAAGAUGAAAAGAAAACAGAUGAGGAUGAGAAAAAUAGGCUUGAGGAUGAACAGCGGAAAGCAGAGGAAAGUGGAAAAGGGGCGCUGGAAGAGCAAGGUAAAGGGAUUGAAGACACGCAACACAAUGCAGUUGAGAUGGUCGAGAGUCAGACGAGUGAUGCGCCACAACUUUCUCAGGAGCAGGGGCAGCAUACACCACAACAGCCACAAGAACGUCAGGUGCGGAAAGAGCAAGCGAACGCCGUGCAACAAGAACAAUCGUUACAGGAAAAUGUUUCUGAGCAGCAACAGGAAGACAAGAAGCCUGAGAAAUCAGAAGUGGAAUUGCAGCAGUCAGAUAAACAAGAGCAAGAGCAAAAGCAAGACCAAAUUGAAGGCGGAAGGCUGGCUGCUCAGCAACAAAACAAUGACUCUGUGUCAGCUCCAGAAACUCAGUCAACACAGGAGCUUUCUUCAAAUCAGGCUGUCGAUUCAACUCAUUCGACACAGCUACAGCAGCUUACCAAAGCAGCUAAACCUGAAGCAGACCAUCCAUCUGCUCCAGAGCCUGCCCAAGCAUCCCAGGAUGUGUCCAUGGAAGUGGAUACCCAGAACACUCAACAGCCAGAGACAGACGUGAAAACUUUCUCGGUCACAGAAGCGCAACCCAGGCAAACGUUCACGAUCAAUCAGAAUCCUUACGACCCUGUGCAGAUGAAUAAAUCACAUGCCCAAUCGACUCCUCAGCCGGGAGCUGAAGCGCCACAGAUAAUGUUCGUGAACCACCAUACAGCGGGAGAUCAUCAAAAUUGUUCGUUUGAGUUGUCGCAGGUGCAAAGUGACGCUUCUGCAACGCAUACGCCACGAGCACAAGAUAGCGCAUUUGUCAAACAAGAGGAUGAUUCACAGUCCACACAAGCAAGCUUCAGCAUAGCCUCUGAGUCUAAUGGCAACGACAACACGACAUCACAACUGCCUUCACAAAAUGAAAGUCUGUGA